AUGACCGAAAACCUGCCCAGCAUGGCCGAUGCCGACAGCUGCCUCUCCGAAAAGGAGCUCGAGGUUCUGAAGAAGCAGUACAUCCGCGAGGGCGAGUAUGUCACAGAGCAGACCCGCUUCAACUAUGCCUGGGGCCUCAUCAAGAGCAAGAACAGGCGUGACCAGACCCAGGGCGUGCUUAUUCUCACAGACAUCUACAGAGAGGUCCCAGACAGGAGACGCGAGUGCCUCUUCUACUUGGCCCUCGGCCACUUCAGGCUCGGAAACUACAACGACGCUCGCAAAUUCAACGAAUCCCUACUCGAAUUCGAGCCCAAUAACUCCCAGGCCCAUGCCCUUCGUCAGGAGAUCGAGGAUCGCGUUGCCAGGGAGGGAUACAUCGGAAUGGCUAUUGUCGGUACCGUGGCAGCAGUAGCCACGGGCUUGCUCUUCUCGGUGAUGAAGAAGAAGUAA